AACCACAUGGGAUAUCUCCAGGUGGUGUGACAGAAGAGGACCUCUGUGAGGACCACGCCAAAGCCUCUGGGGAUCCUCGUAGGCCACAGAGGCAGUCCUGGAGCAAACCCGUUUCUUGCGGAAUAGGCAAGAAGGUAUUUGCCGGAUCCUUGCCAGAGCAUAAGCCCAAGAGCUGUGCCGUGAUCGGCAAGGCACUGAAAAACUCAGGCCUCUUCAAGCAGGAGGAGAAUGGCGACGGGGCCAUGAUGUACCAGUGUACCGAGUGCGGCGAGAGGUUCACUCACAAGAAGCACAUGAUCGGCCACCGCAGAGUCCACAAAGGGAACACGCUGUACGACUGCUCCGCGUGCGAGAAGAGCUUCGUCUGGAUGUCGGACCUCGCCCGACACCAGAGGAUCCACACCGGGGAAAAGCCGUACGCCUGCUCCCUCUGUGGGAAGAAGUACGGCUCGCGCUCGGGCCUCAUUCAGCACGGCCACGGCCACGCGGGCGAGAAGCCCCACCGGUGCCAUGACUGCGGGAAGGGGUUUGUUUGCAAGUCGCACCUCACCCGGCACCAGCGGGUCCACCUCGGCAGGAAACUGUACGCUUGCUCAGAGUGUGGUGAAAGCUUCUGCCAGAUCUCGCUCCUCAUGCUGCACAAAAGAAACCACGCCGAAGAGAGCCCGGCGGAGGUCCGGCUCUCAUGCUAA